AUGGUUUCAUUCAGUCUCACACAUCUUGCAGCCAGCUUGGUGCUAUGUAGCUCCUGUGCGCUGGGCGACUUGAUUCCUUCUGAGCUUUCGGCAUACUUUAGCACGAACGAAACUUUGACUGCAAGUUUUUAUAAUGGCACAGAUGUCAUUACCAAGUCUGGACAGGAGGCUCCAAUAUCCAAAACCCAGGCUAAGCCAACAUUGAUCAUCCCUGAUACCAAUGUCUCGGCACCUUAUAUCUUUGUCAUGGUUGACCCUUCUUACAACUCGACUGUGCCAACAAAUACAGUUCUCCACACGAUAGCAGGAAACAUCACCAAGGGUGAUAUCAGUGGAAAUGAUCUUACGCUUGACUACGGUGCCACUAGCAUUGCGCCGUAUACAGGCCCUGAACAUAAGGCUGGUCAAUCGAACCACAACUACACCCUUCUUCUCUUUUCCCAGCCUGACAACUUCAACAUCCCGAGCAAGUACGAUUCCUAUCUGCCUCUCAACUUGUCAAAUGUUUAUACGAGGGUCAACUUCCCUGUAGUUGACUUCGUGAGUGACACUGGCCUGGGUCAGCCCAUCGCGGCUAUUUAUUUCAGACUCGAUCUGUCAAGCGAGAGCAGCACUACCACCGCAGCUACUACUCUCACCACGGCGACUUCUACUAGCUCUGCUUCGGCAGCAACCUUCACUUUGGAUGGCGCAGGUGCCGCGGUCUCCUAUCCCACGAAGACUUUGCUCGGCUUGAUCCUCUGCCUAUUCGCUCUGAUCUAA